CACACAUCUCUCUCUCUCUAUAUCAACCAUAUCGAUCCCUCACAUUCCAAACGACAAUGUUGCCUCCAACGUUAUUACUAUCUCUACGUCUCUUCCUAGCUUUUUCAUAAGAAACAACUUAUUUAUAGUAUUAUGGCAAGCCUUAGAAUUCGACCACCUUUGAAGGACAAGGACAUCAUUGGGAGGUUCAUGCCUGAUGGUCGUUGUUGCAAGAAGCACCCCAAACACCGCCAAUCACCCGGCGUAUGUUCUCUUUGUUUGAGAGACAAGCUUUCUCAACUAUCUUCGGCAUGCUCAUCUUCUUCUUCUUCGCGUAAAACAACAUUCAUUUCUUCGUGUCAUUCGUCUUCCUCCUCUUCUUCUUUAACCUCCUAUUGCUCCUCUUCCGCCUCUUCUUGCGCCUCUCCAACGCUUCCUUUCCCUUUUCAUAAAGAUUCAAAGAGUGGCUCCAAUUCGGUUUCCAUCUUUUUGUUGAGCGCAAAACCUGGUGGAAUACUCAAAAGUAGGUCAAUGAGCGUUGUUGCAACAAGGAGAAGAACAAAAGGUCAAGAUGAAGGUGAUGAUCGUAAUAAGAAGAGUGGCAUGAAAAGUGGGUUUUGGUCCAAGUUGCUUCAUCCCAGAACCAAAAGCAAGAGAAUGGAGGAGAUCAAAGGCACUAAGCAGCUGGUUCAUACUAGGUCUCUAAUACAAACUGUGACAUAGCUAGUGAUGCAUGAUCAUUUGUUCGAUCGUCUCUAAUUAUAAUUAGUGAUUCUUUCUUUCAUUUUUUAAUCCCACCCUUUAAUUUUUGAGUGGAUUAUAUUUAUGUCGUUGAAUAUUAAUUAGUUCGUGUGUACAAUUUCCCUUCUGCAAAAGCAGGAAACAAAAAUAGAGAUCUUGUAUUGCAUGAUAUGCUUGUAAUUGUUUUUGUAUAUAAAUGAACACUUUUUGGAUCAUUAA